UUCCAACCAAUCAGCAGCCAGGAAAAGGCUCUGAAGGGCGUUUCCUUCUCUGUGUCUGCGGAUCUGAAAGCCCCGUUUGAGGGGCAACAAGUUUGAAGAAGAGCCGCGGGCAGUAGGACCUACUCACUCUUUCUCCACCUUUCACGGGAGUAAAACUUUCUCUGCUUUCUUUGCGCACAUCCACUGUGGAGCUGGUUCAUGCGUUUUAAUGUGAAGGGGAAGGAGAUCCAGGUUGGAUGCGUUUGUGGAUCCUCCUGGUUGAUGAUCUUUUCGGCGUGCAGCUGUGCGUGCUGUCCGGGAAGAAGCUGAGCAGCAGCACCGACGGACUUUGCAAGAAAAUAAUAAGAGGAGGAAUUGUAAACAGGACGUAUUUCUCUUUCGCAACCUGCGUCUUACUCGCUGGAGUUUUGCAACUUUUCACUAGAAAUGGUCGGCAGGUUGAACUUGCCGAAUGUGUGUGAAGGAGAUCCUCUGGAUAUGAGCUGCAGGGCUGAUAGAGGACUUGAUAGCCCGGACUCUGGGUUGCCCCCCAGUCCGAGCCCCAGCGCCUGGCUGCUGCCUGUGGGUCCAGAUAAAGCCGGAGGUGUGAGCCCGGUGUCUGAAGACGAAGGACGGGGUUCCCUGGUUCCAGUUAUACCUGCUCGAUCUUUCCCACAGCUGCACCCGCUGUCCUUUGGGGAAGGCAUUGCACUCGAUCCAUUACCGCCAAAGGAAGUGAGAUACACCUCAUCUGUGCACUAUGACUCGGACCGCCACUUCAUCCAGGACGUGGCCCUGCAGCCUUGGGGUCAGGGCCUCGAACACUGCAGGCAGACCAUCGUGGCCAUGUCCGACAGCACCUGGCGACACUACAAGACGCAGCUGGAUUUCGAACCCCGCCAUCGUCCCCAACGCUUCAAGAGCACCACCAUCGUCUACCCCAAGAAAACCAGCACCGUCUACACCACAGAGCUGAGCUAUGACUGCCACCGGCUAUCCAGAAGAUUCCUCUCGAGUGUGGAGCUGCAGACAGCGGGCCACAGAAAGUUAUCUCAGUGAGAGCAGAGCCAGCUAGGGACAUGGAAUGACAGUCAUUCCCAUGCCCUCGAUACUCCUCUAAAGCUGGCUGCCGCUGACCUGCUGUUGUCUUUUUACAGUUGUGUAGCCCGCUGUCCUAUUAGUACCCAUCACAAGCUGUGGACUGGAGGCAUCUGUGCUGUGCUGCUACAGAUGGCAAAGAUUGGCAAAGACACGAGUUGAAUUGAUUAAACAUUUAUUCAGUCCGUGUCUUAAUAUGUUUUUACCCCUGCCAAUGAGUGAAUCUAUCCACUGGCAUGGCUGUUUUAUUAAAUGCUUCAGUUUGUAGCUCGUUGAAAAGUUUUCAGAGGCAUGAUCAUAUUUUAUUGGAUGUCGUACGGACUAAUAUGGACCAAGAUGAAGAGAAUGCUUAUUUGCCUUGAGCAAAAUCACUCUUGUGUUAUAUCAAGUUGGUCAAGUGAUGCCGUUUUAAAUUUUUAAAGCAACAAGGCCUGCUUCAGUGCAUAUAUAAUUUGUUGUAAUCAAAGAGAGGAGAAUCUUAAAACUGCUAGUUUAGUAAUCACUUAGAGUGCAAGAGCAUUUAGCUGUGUUUCUGGGGUUUAGAUUGAUGAUAAAUCGCUAACAUAGCCACACUGUCCAAAGGAUGUGUUGAUACUUUUCACGUUUCUUUUCCAGAGGGUAUUGUGUGUUUGUGCACAGCGUAACACAAACUAAGCUCUUUGCAGGCCUGAAUCCUCACCACCGUUUACAGCCGCAGUUUAACAUGUUGAUAGAUUAAGGGAACUUUGCUGUUCAUUGAGAUGUGUAAGCUAAAACUAAGUAGGUAGUACAGAUGGAUCAUGAAUGUGGAGUUUACUGAAAAGUGGAGAUUAUGUUGAUAUCACUCACUCGCUUAACUAGUGAAAGUAACAAGCUGCAUUCCACUGCUAGAACCUUCUUUCUUUGCCGUGACUUGGAUUGAAAUUGUAUUUAUUCUGUUGAAGUUUUAAGAUCUGAGAUUUUAUCACCUGAAUAACGGGGUCUCUCCACUGUUGUGGCAAGAGAUGUUUUUGUGAUGCUUUUUGUACUUUUUUGAUGUUUCUGUUGAUGCUUCUUAUUGAUAUUAGUCACUUAUUCAGUGCCAGUUUGAAAUAAAGUGAUCUUCAGUUCAACAA